UUCGUGGUUCCUGAAUGUAGCCACGGGGUUCAGGUCUAAGGAAAGCAACGGCAUGUGCUCUCUUUCACGGAUAGAAGCGAUGUUGGUAGCAUAGUGACAACUCUCGAGCCUUUGGCAAGUGUCUCAGUGGAUAGCAAGAUGAAUAACAGAGCAGGUUCCUUUUUAUGGAAUCUCCGGCAAUUCAGUACUUUAUCUCCAACAAGCAGAACUGGGAGGCUGAACCCUUUGGGAUUUUGCCGACCAAAAAUUGUUUAUUCAAACUGGAACCCAAGAAACCAUCUCUUAAACGACUUUGAUAAUAAAAUGCAAUCAUCUAUUAGGUAUCUCUUUCAGGAUGCCUCGAUUUUUAAAUCAGGAGAUGACGUCUUUCCAACAAAGGGCAUAAGCCCUGUGACAGCCCUUACAGUCAACAGAUUAUUCUGUCGUAGAAGGCUGUCCUUUGACUCAGAACAGUCUCCUGUCUCUGCUGAUGGAUUGAAGAAAAUAAACUUUCAUCAUGACGCCUCUAAUGAAGACGUUCUCACCAAGGAGACAAAACCAACCCCUGUCAACUUGAAAAAACUGUCUCAGGGCAAUUCCCUGAGUGACGUGUUAGAUACAUUUUCAAACGCACCUACAUUUCCUAGUAGUAACUAUUUCUCAGCAAUGUGGACAAUUGCCAAAAGGAUGUCUGAUGAUCAGAGACGCUUUGAAAAACAACUGAUGUUUAACCACCCUGCAUUUACCCAGCUGUGUGAACACAUGAUGAGAGAAGCCAAGAUCAUGUACUAUGACCACCUGCUGUUCAGUCUUUACGCUAUAGUGAAGCUGGGCAUUCCUCAGAACACUCUGUUGGUUCAGACUCUGCUGAGGGUGGUUCAGGAACGUAUCAAUGAGUGUGAUGAGAAAUGUCUUUCAGUUUUGUCAGCUAUUUUAGAAGCAAUGGAGCCAUGCAAGAAUGUGGAUGUUCUUCGAUCAGGAUUGCGGAUACUAGUUGAUCAACAAAUUUGGAAAAUAAAACGUGUCUUCACAAUACAAGCUGUGAUGAAAAGUAUUGGAAAAGAUGCACCGAUUUCUCUUAAAAAGAAACUGGAGAUGAAAGCUUUGAGGGAAGUAGACAGAUUUUCUGUUUUGAAUAGCCAGCGCAUGUUUGAGGUCCUAGCUGCCAUGGAUCACCGUUCUGAUAUACUUCUGGAUGAAUGCAGUAAGAUGGUCAUAGGUAAUAUCAAUGGAUGUCCUUUGAAAAUAUUGAUCACCAUAUUGCAGUCUUGCAGAGACCUCCGAUACCAUAAUUUAGAUCUUUUCAAGGGAAUAGCAGAUUAUGUGGUUACAACUUUUGAUGUCUGGAAGUUGAAACAAGUUCUUUUUAUCCUUAUUUUAUUUGAAAACCUUGCCUUUCGACACACUGGUCUGAUGGAUUUAUUUAUGAAGAAAGUGGUGGAUGAACGUGGCUUCCUGACCAUGAAAAGCAUUGUGUCUAUUCUUCACGUGUACUCCUCUCUGAAUCACCUCCACGGGGGCCCAGCCCGAGAGUUCCUGGAUGCUAUGGGCGCUGCUCUGACUGGUUAUCUCCACCACAUCUCUUCUGAAAACCUGCUGAAUGCUGUGUGUUCGUUCUGCUUGAUGAACCAUUUUCCCUUGGCUCCCAUUAACCAGCUUCUCCAGAAGGACAUCAUCGAUGAGCUGCUGAUGUCAGAUAACAAGGAGAGGAAUGCUUACAAGCUUCAGAUUUUGGCUGCCUGUCUGAAACUUGAUGAUGUUCCUUGUCACAAGGCCUUAGACUUAGUACUGCCAUCGCUGCCACCUGCACCAUUGUAUCCAAAUGCAAAGGUGGCCGAGUUGCUGAGCAGCCUCCUGGGAGAGGGGUACUUCUUGGAAAAUGUACAGUUGCCACAUAAUCAUCAUAUCGAUUUUGAAAUCAGAAUGGAUUCUAACAGGAGUGAAGUGCUCCCACUUUCUGAUGCGAAUGCAGUAACUUCUGCUACAGAUAUUCAAAGAGUAGCUGUACUCUGUGUUCCUAGAUCUACUUACUGUUUGGAUUUAACCCACCCCAGAGGAUUCCUUGCUAUGAAAAUGCGUCAUUUGAAAGUAAUGGGUUUUCAUGUGAUCUUGGUCAACAAUUGGGAGAUGGAGAAACUAGAGAUGAAGGAGGCGGUCACAUUUUUGAAGUCUCAAAUCUAUUCAACUGAAAACCCUCCUACUGCUGAUGUUAAUUUUCAAAGCACAUGUUAAAGUAAAUAACUUUUCGUAUUAAGAGACAGACAUAAAUUUGUAAAAUAGCUUUAAUAAAGACUGCAAUUCAA